AUGUUUGAGUUCAUCAACUCCACUCCGGCGCAGCUGUCGCCGAGCCAGGCUACUCGUGUCCGCAUCCGGAAACAGGCAAUGAAAAAGGUGGCGGCUGCACGGCGACGGAGAGGCACCUACGGAAAGCACAAUCUCAGACAGCUCCCGAACUUUCUGCAUCCAACACAGUCCUCCUCCCCGGAAGAUCAGGAGCACAGCCAGUCUAAGCAUUUGCAGAUGGACCGCCGAGGACUGCGUGAUCUCGAUCCGCCCAGCCUGUUACAGGCUGACUAUUCGCACCUCAUCGUCUCCGCCCAUUUCUCUAUCCUCAAUAUCUGUCCCCUGGCGAGUCUCCACCUUGGUCUUGCCAAGGUCUCCCACUUCACGUCGGACCCCGUCCACAUGCGAGACAUUUUCAUAUUCCCGUAUGGGGGAAACUCAUUACUGUCGUUCGUGCCCAGCCGGUAUGGGCAGACGCCAAGCCUGACCUAUGCGGCCGACUGUGUUGUCGAGAGACUCAGAGGGAUUGUCGACAGCAAUCGUGUGCCAAGUGGAGGACCGACCGUGGCGUCCCGGUAUGUUAAGGCACUGAAAUGCUUGCAAGCGGCACUGGACGACAGAGAGUUGUGCAUGAAACCCGAGACCCUCUGCGCAACAGAGCUAUUGGCCGUCAAGCUUUUAGAUACCCAAAGAGGGAAGUCUUGGAUACACCAUGCUGGAGGUGCGGCACGAUUGAUCGAACACCGCGGACCAGAUCGGUUUAAUACAGAUUUCGAGAAGGCUCUUUUUGUGGCUCAAGCAGGGCCAAUUGUGACGGAAGCGCUGAUCAACGGCACGCCAUGUUUUUUAGCCGAGGAAGCUUGGCGAGAAGUCUUUCGUUCCGCCAUCCUGCCCAACGAUCUGUGGGGGGAGAGGACUGAGCUGGUCAUGUCGCUCUGGGGCCAUCUAGUCUCAGCACCAAGUAUGUUCAAAACAGCAGAAGAGCUCAUCUGCUCGCGCCACCCGGUCGCCCGAGGCACAGUCUCUUCUGUCAUCGAUCGGAUCUGUCACGCCAGAGCAGCCCUCCUCCGAUGGUACACCGAGCAUAAAGUGUCACUGGUGCCACUUGAUGACACCCGUGAAGCCGACAUCUUUCGUUGCGAACCGUCCAUCUUCUCUAUGAGCAUGGUGCGCCGUGUACAACUGCUCGGGACAUAUCUCUCUUGCGUAAUUUUAAUGUCUAGGCUUCUAAUUGCCCUUGCUCCAGCUAGGUUCAGCGUGCUGGAGUCCGGGUGUCAGGAAAUGGCAGAGAAGGUCCUGAGAAUUGGAGGUCAAAUUGAAGCCUCGAAUCAGCCAAUUUUGUGUGGACUGUUUGUCACUCAGACCUGGUGGGUCGCGAAUGCGACGAUACAGACGAGAGACGAGUGGAUGAGUAGUCAACGCUUCCUGGACGGGGAAGUGAUUAACCGUAGCACGUUUGAAAAUUGGUGUCGCGCUUUCGGAAGAAGCGUGGCAGGGAAACCGAACAACUAG